AUGGGCCUCCUCUCGCUCAUUGAUCGGGCUUUGUGCCUGACCGUGACCGCGCUGGCUCUGCUGCAAACACAGGCCGGAGCCACCUGUAGUGCCGCCCCGACCGUCUUGACCCAGCAAGGGCUGGUCUCCGGCUUCACCCAGGGCAACGCCAACGUCUUCUUGGGCAUCCCCUUCGCCCAGACCACCGGCGGCGAGAAUCGGUGGAAGGCGCCGCAGUCCCUCUCCGAGUCGACCACCGCGAAAUUCGAUGCCACCUCCUAUGGUCCCUCGUGCGCCCAGGCCAUGUCUGGCGACGCCAUCGUGGCCCAGAGCGAGGAUUGUCUGAACUUGAACAUCUGGACCCCUUCCAGCGGAAGCAAUCUGCCCGUCUUCGUGUACAUCUACGGCGGUGCUAUGGUCACCGGCGGAAACAGCAACGCGCAAUGGCAGGGUCACAACUUUGCUCGCAAGGAUGUGAUCUACGUCAACGUCAACUAUCGCGAGUCGGUCUAUGCCUCUCCCAACGCCCCCGAGCUCGAGGGCCAGUCGCAGAACUUUGGCAUCCUCGACAUCGAAAUGGCGCUGGAAUGGGUCUACAACAACAUCCAAGGAUUCGGUGGUGAUAAGACGCGCAUCGUGCUCGGUGGCCAUUCCUCUGGCGCCGUCCACGUAGACCACUACCUUUGGAAUCACCCCGACACCUUCCUGGCCGGCGCGAUCGAGAUGUCCGCCAACGCCAAGUCCGGCCCGGCCGUCACCCCCAGUGGUGUCGGUUUGGCCCGCGUGGCCCAAGAUAUGCAGGAUGCCGGCGUGUCGCUCAACUGCGAUGUCGCCAACCCGACCCUGGCCUGUCUGCGCGAGGCGGAUACCUAUGCCUUGCAGACCACCUACUUCAACUCGACCUCGAACACUUGGUUCUCCCCCGUGGUGGACGAGAUCACUCGCUUCUCGGACUACUCGGCUCGCUUUGCGGCCGGCAACUACCCCAAGUCGCUGCCGCUCAUUGUCGGCAACUCGGACCAGGAGGGCAAGAUUUUCAGCGUCGUCUACGGCGCCGAGAACGGCGACUUCGCCUCGUGGAUCAACACCUUCGACGCCGACCUGGCCUGGAUCCCCGACGACGAGCUGCUGGAGGCGUAUAACGCCUCCGACUACGCCUCGGUCGCUCUGAUGAGCGGAGCUUCCUACGGCGACGCUCGCUUCCUCUGCGCCACCGACUACCUGCUAGAUGUGCGUGCGGCUGAGCAGCCCACCUGGAUCUAUCGCUGGUUCGGCGACUACGACAACGUGUUGGGCAUGAGUGGCAUGGGGGCCUCCCACGGCAGCGAGGUGCCUUUCUUCCACGGCGGAAACGAGUGCUUCUCGAAGCUCUCGGGCGUCACCGACGCGCAGCAGGCGCUGGCGGACUACAUGAACGACUGGUUCGUCGCCUGGAUCAAAAACCCCAGUGCCGGCCCCGGUUGGGACCAGGCCAAACCCGUCAACGGGCCCCUGGCCAAGGUCGGCGUGCCGGGCAACGAGCUGGCCAUCGAAACGAGCACCACCGGCGAGUUCAACGCUCGUUGCCAGUCGGUGUACAAGCCUCACUAUCCCCAGUACCCCGUGGUGCAGAACCCGGUGACCAUGUCUUCAUGA